CGCCCACAUUCGGCAAAACCACGCCCACAUUCGACAGGCCACGCCCCCUCCCCCCGCCAUGCCGGCUCCGGCCGUGCGGGCGGUUUCGUUGGGUUUGCGGCCUUACGAAGAAGCGUUGCGGGUUCAGCAGCGCUGCGUGGCGGCUGCGCGGGCUGCUCGGGGCCCUCCUCCACGUCCGCCAUUCGAAUGCGUGGUGCUGAGCGAACCCGCAAGGCCCGUAUACGCGUGGGGGCUGCGAGGUGCCCCGACCGACAAAGAGGCGGAGCGGCUGCGGGCGGCCGGCGCGGGGUUGGCGGCGGUGCGGAGGGGCGGCAGCGUGACGUUCCACGGACCUGGGCAGCUGUUGGCUUUCCCCGUGUUGGAUCUGAAGGCGCGGGGAAUUCAGCUGCGGGGCUUCGUGGAGAGGUUGCAGGACGUGGCGGUGCGGCUGUGCCGGAGGGUCGGGGCGAUGAGCGCAGCCGGGCGACCACCGCCUUACACAGGAGUGUGGGUGGGGGAAAGCAAAGUGUGCGCCGUCGGUGAGCGAUUUGGGAGGGGGAGUGGAGGGGAUUUGGGGAGGUGGGGGGGUUGCAAAGGGUGUGUGUGCAAUGUGGGGGGGGCGCUGAGGGUGCAUGCACUGUAGGGAUG